AUGAUGAUUCGAACCUCUCUCCUGAUUUGGCUGUUGAUCACUUCAGUUUUCGCUUCCUCGCCCAAAGGCUCCAUUGUUGCUCGGGUGUUGGAUUGUUCCCCGUCGUCAUCAACGGGGCUCAAACCCGAAUGCUGGAAUCAACUCAACGUAUCGGACUACAUCACAAAUUGGCUUGCAGAGAACGGCACCAAAGCUGACUGCGAUACAUUGGGUUUCGCACAAUGCUUUCUUGUGUUCAACGGCUAUGGCGGCCGAACUUGCGAUGCCCUUACUCGAGAUACGUGCGAAGGAUUCGAGACUAUUGGUUCCGACGCCACGUACUACUCACCGCAACAGUUCUACACGCUCUGGAACAUCUACGCUAUAUACCAGUUUUUCAACCAGUUUUCGGAGGCUCUUUGGAAUGGACACUCGCUCGCCUCAGAUACGAUAGGGGACAUAGUCGCAACCAUAUCACCAUCGACCGACCCAGAAGUUCCAAGCAAUCUUUUGUGGACGACGAUAUCAGGCGGCUUCUGGCUUAUUGCUGCCAGUGGUCUCAACCCAAUUCUAGGUGAAAUCGCCACAGGGAUGGCUGUUGUUACAGGAAUGAGCUCCUUCUUCAUGACCUCAAAAGAAGGCUCAUCCAAUGCACGUUUCAUCACCCUCGGUCAGGUUGGCAGCAAACUCGCCGAUCUCGUCAUCGAGUAUCAAGAAGUUUUGCAUAAUUCAUUGAAGGAGCUGCAAAGCAACAGUACUCUUUUCUUGGCAGCAACGAAACCUGGUGGCUUCAGCCAGCGCGCCGUGGCCAACCUCAAUCUGGAAUCUACCUCACUGUACCACGACCUGCAGCUGUACAUCAUCUCGUUAUCUUUAAAGGCCAACGGCAUCGUUUCUGCUCGAUCAACGGGAGUGAACGCACUCGAAUAUGCACCUAAGACGAACGGCGCGAUCUCAUGUCCCGGACUCGGCCCUGGCGGUAACUGCUCCCAAUGGUGGAUCGACGCAGACACGGGAAACACUUACGCACUACACAACCCCAAUGACUAUAAAAACAACUACGUCGACGUUCUACACAAAUUUCAGGAUAAGGGCUGGGCAAACUUGAGCGAGAUUUUCAAGGUGGAAGACUGCACGGGCAAGGAUCCUAGCUUCGACGGGAAGACCAAGGUGACGUGCCUAGCUUCGCACGGCUACUGCGAGUACAACUACACUGGACAGGACACAGUUACAAAGGCGAGGAUGGCCAACAAGCAGUUUACCAAUUGCGAUAACGAUAAGGAGUGGGGCACCCUUUGUGACUGGAUGAAUGGCGGCCUUGUUCUUCCUGAGUCUUACCUGGGGCCGCUCCUGACUUUGGAAGAACCAGCGUGGUGCAGGGAAUAUUAG